AUGCAUACCUCAACUAUUUUCGACCAAACCGAUCGCUCCGGCCCUCUCGUUUACUUCAACGGCGCCGGCCCCUUAGUUGGUAUCCCAUCACGUAAUGAUAUUGUGGCAGAAUUCGAUAAUGGGAUGACCACUAUACUUCAACAAAGCCUAUCUGGCAAGCAACCCAUACAUUUUAUGCCUACUGAAGUUAGUGAUGAUACCUCCGAAUAUGUAAAUGGUAUCUCCUCCUAUAUUUUGCGUAUUACUGGUACUUUGAUUAAUGGACAAAAAGCAGUCGUAAAAAUUACAGGCAUUAAGCUCUUCUUUGAUGUCGAAGUACCUGAAGAUAUGCCACUAUCUACAUUUAAGACCAGAUUAGUAAAUAUAUUAUCCAAUACUCUCAAAGGUACAUCAAAAUUUGGGAUCGAGAAUAUUAGUGCUUUCCCACUUCAAGGAUAUUAUACAGAGAAAAAAUCAUAUAUACGUGUUAUUACUUGGAAUCAAUUUGACCGGUAUAAUGCGUUAAAGGCAGUUCGUGAAGUCGGUAUCCGUACAGCUUCUGAUGAUCUAACCCCAAUAUAUUAUUACCGCAAAGUAGCCCGUGAAAAAAGAUUACCUCUUUCAAGUUGGGCAACGUUAAGUAAUUAUUUCCACGAAUAUAUUCAAGGGGGUACUUAUCUCUUCCAAGUUUCUGUGAAUAAUUACAAUCCAACAAGUGAGGACGAUUAUAAUAAUCCAUUAUUCUCCUUAGCUCUUUCACGGGAUCGAACUCUUGUUCUCACAUGGGACAUAGAGACAUAUAGUUCGCUCGGACUAGGUAAAUUCCCUACUGCUCAGAGCGAUGAAUCUAACGUAUUUAUGAUCGGCAUGUCAGUUCAUUGGAAAGAUGACCCUAAUCCAUUAAAACGGAUCUGUCUUGUUGAUGUUGAAACCGCCCCAGACCCUCGCUGGACCACAAUUAUAUGUGGGAAUCAAGUAAAUCUGUUAAAAGCCUUCGCCUUGUGUUGUAAACUACUAGCCCCGGAUAUACAAAUAGGUUUUAACGAUUCACAAUAUGACUGGAGAUUUAUUGUAGAGAAAGCGAAAAAGCUAGGGAUUUUCGAAUGGAUGUUUAAUCAAAUGUCAUUAAAGCCUUCAAGCCUCGAAAAAAUUACAAAAUGGCAAUAUCAGUAUAAUAAGAUAAAAGUUAAUGAUAGGGAUUUCCAUUCGAAGCAUCUUAAAAUCCCCGGGUGCGUAGCUAUUGAUGUCCGACCAUGUUUUAUGAAAUUCUAUCCUAAGGCCGAAAAGAGCAGUUUAGCAUAUUACCUAAAGGAGUGUGAACUCGAUAACAAGCUGGAUAUGCCUUUCCAUCGUAUGUUUAAGUAUUAUGUAAGGGCAUUAAAAGAAACCAAUGCUACAACGGCCGAGCAGAUGCGCGAAGUAGCCGAAUAUUGUAUUAUUGAUGCUAUUAGCUGUCAGCGGUUAAUGGUAAAGCUUAAUGCAAUUAACGAGUAUAGGGAGUUGGCAUCCGUAGCCUUCAUAUCAUUAUAUGAUUCACAUUAUUUUGCAUUAGGAAUGAAAGUGCGUAAUCUUUUAAGUGCCUGUGCGUGGCAUGAAUGGAUUUUAACUAGCACUAUUCCAUGUGAACAAACGGAAACAGGGAAGUACCCUGGAGCCUAUGUUUUCCCACCGGUAAAGGGUCUCGAAAAUAGACGACCUGUAACCGGCUUAGACUUUGUAUCAUUGUAUCCAAGCCUUAUCAUGACAUACAAUCUCUCACCUGAUAAAAUCAUUUUAUCUCGAGUGUUUGCCGAAUCUUUAAAGGAGAGUGGUAAAAAGCUUCAUGAAAUUAAUUUCCAAUUCAAUGGUCGCGAUGUUCUCACAUGGUCUAUAGAGCAUGAAAACCAAGCCGAAAUGAAAGGCCUUUAUCCAAAAGUAUUAGAGGAGUUGCUUAUUAGACGAAAUUCACUAAAAAGACGUCUUGCUCCAUUAAAGGAUAAAAAAGAAGAAUUAGAAAAGGAGAUUAGUUUGGCGGAAGCAAGGGGCGAGGACGUUACAGAUGCUCUAAAAUCUGAAUACUCUUCAGUUUCCUUUAUUGUCGCCUGUCUAGACGCAAAACAACUCACUUUAAAAGUGUAUAUGAAUACGUUUUACGGUGAAGCCGGGAAUAGUGGAUCUCCUUUCUUCUUGCGAGCAUUAGCAGGCGGGGUAACAUCAGCUGGCCAGCGGAAUAUCAAGCUUAUUGCCGAUCUUGUCAGAAGUAAAGGGUUCUGUGUAAAAUAUGGGGACACUGAUUCAUUAUACCUUGUUUGUCCAGAAGAAUAUUUCCGGGAGUGUGAUGAGAAAUACAUUUCAGAAAAGAUAUCGAAGGAAAAGGAAGAUAACGGAUCCCCUUAUCUCAAAAUGGCAUAUGAGGAAGUCUUAUUUCCGGUAGUAUUUACUGGAAAGAAAAAAUACUACGGCAUCCCACAUACAAGUAAGCCCAACUUUAAUAAUAAGCUUUUCAUUCGAGGGGUUGAGAUUGUAAAGCGGGGACAGUCUAAACACUUUCGUGAGGUGGGUAAGAAGGUCAUGGAUGAAUCUAUGAGGCUGGAUAAUGAUAAUACUCGCACCUUGCAUCGGAUUGUGGAGGACGUGCUUAAAGAGACCAUAAAUGAUAUUUUGCAUAUAGAUCUUAAUGGAGUGAUUAAAACUGCUGUGUGGAAGCCCGAUAAAAAUAACAAGAGUGUCCAGCGUUUCAUUUCACGAAUGCGAGAUAGACACACCCGUGAAGAAGCGGAUGCCAAACGGCUUAUAAAAAAGGGCCUAACACCCGAGCCUUAUCUUUAUGAAAUCCCAGAACCAGGCGAACGCUUUGAGUAUAUUGUAGUUGAGAAUGAUUUGUCGCAGAGGGUAGGAGAUAAAAUGGAGUAUCCAGAGGUAGUGAGGCGAUUAGGUAAAAAGAUCGAUAUCAGUUAUUAUCUGAAAACCGUUGUUUGCCUCUGUGCGCGAUUUAUAAACUAUGAUGAUAGACACCAGCCAUCAUCUGAAAUUGUGCUGGGGGCCUUAAAAAAGUUAAAAGAUGGUAAUAAAGCAGGUGAUAGUAAAGCGGAUGAUGGUGGGGUGGAUGGAGACGAUCUGGACGAAGACGAAGAUGAUGAAGACGAAAUGGACGAAGAUGAGGUAUCAAAAAUAAGAGAUGCCUUAGCGCAGAAAUCGGCUGAAAAGUGGAUUAGGUGGUAUAUCAAAAGCCAACAUGAUGGUUCGAAAAAAGAUAAAACCAUCAUAUCUCAUUUAUGGUAA